AGAGAAAGCGCAGACAAGAUAAUUUCUCAGGCUGCUGGGAAUGCCUUAGCCCGCGCGGCAGCGCGAUCCAGGGGUGUCCUCGGGCCGGGGCGGGUCCCCACCACCCCCGCAGGCUCCAGAGAGUCAGGGGCGCGUCAAGCGGGGCGGGUUCAGCGCCGGCAGCGGCGGUUGCGGGACAGCAAGCGGUGCGCACCGGUCUCCGGCUUGUCCGGCUCCGAGCGGCGGGACGGACGCUCCGGGAGACUCUCCAGCCCCCGGCGGGCCGAGCUCGGACGGCGCUCGCCCGCAACCGGGCGCCGCCAGCAUGUCGGCCGCCGUGGCUUGCCUGGACUACUUCGCAGCCGAAUGCCUGGUGUCUAUGUCCACCGGACCCGUGCUGCACCAGCGCGCAGCGAACCCCGAGGGAGCGGGAGCCGCAGCUGUCUCCGAGGUGGGUGCGGUGCCACGGGAGUCGGCGGGGACGGGUUCCGGGACACGGGGGGUGCUGUGGAUCCCCCCGGUCCUCCAGAUCCCCUCCCCUAACCCUGGCGAGGGCGAUGGAGCCCCCCACCUGCUGGCUGCGAGCGCUUUGGCGGAUCUAAGCUGCAGUGCUGUGGAAGGCUCCCGGGAGACCUCGGGAGAAGUCCCGUGUGUCUCAACUAGCUGCUGCGAGCCGACCUGGUGCUCCAGCCCCACUGGGUGCUCCGAGCCGGUCCAGGCCUUCUUGGAGGAGGAGUUCUCCGGAGCGGAGAGCUCCUGCGGUGAACCUGCCAUCCUGAGUGCACCUGAUGCCCAAGAAGACCCCGAUGACAGCGGAGAGGGGCCCGAGGGGCCCCCAGGGGCCCGCCCCUCGCCAGCAAUGGGCCCGACGUUCCGGAGAAGGCCGAUUACACCUGCAUCCAAGCGACACCAGUGCGCCUUCCCGGGUUGCAACAAAGCCUAUUACAAGUCUUCGCACCUCAAGUCACACCAACGCACCCACACGGGGGAACGCCCCUUCUCCUGCGACUGGCUCGACUGCGACAAGAAGUUUACGCGUUCUGACGAGCUGGCCCGCCACUACAGGACGCACACGGGUGAAAAGCGCUUCUCCUGUCCGCUGUGCCCCAAGCAGUUCUCCCGAAGCGACCACUUGACCAAGCAUGCCCGUCGCCAUCCGACUUACCAUCCCGACAUGAUCGAGUACCGGGGGCGCCGCCGCACCCCCCGCCCCGCACCCCCAGCCAUGGCGGAAAGCUCUGGUUCCGACUCCAGCUCUGGCUCUGGCCAGGAGACCAGCUUCACUGCUUGACUGUAGGACUGUCCUUGCAGUCUGUCUUUCCCUCGAGCACAGCCCCCUCCCCCACACUCCCGCCCAGGCCAUGUCCUUUUCUCUCUGUCGAUUCCUAUGUUCCAGGGUCCUUAGACAAAGGCACAGACUGGUUGUUCCGCUCUGAGGAUGGGUUCCAGACAAGCCUGUGGGACUCUGGAGAGGGACUGGGAGCCAGAAGAUAGUCGGAAGUCUUGCAACGCGAUUACCAUCCGAAAGGAACGCAAUUACCAUCUGAAAGGAACUGUUGCUUCAAAGCAGCCAGUUAGGAACCAAAGAGAAGGGAUGAACUUCCGGUACUCUUCAACGUACUGAAGAUUCUUCCUUCCACGGAACCAGAGAUGUAAAACUGAAUUCUCUGAUGCUUGAGGAACUCCCAGUCCAAAAAGACUCUGAU